CGGUGCAUAAUGGCCUAUGGAUAGCACACGCCCCACGUGGUGUAAUUUGACACACACCCCUCAGAUCAAGAGCACCCAGCGCUUUCCUUCAAUUCUCCCAAAAGAUACCAGCCCAGUGGUUCCUCUACACAGGACAGCAGACCAAAACCCCCUCCCCCACACACGAAUAUUACGAAAUGUGCGACCCGCUAGGUACAGCUAACUACGGACAGCAGCCCCGUUAUAAAUAUAUCCACAGUGCCACGAUUAAGGACCUCCAUUAUAUCCAAUAUCAGCGGCACCGUACUUCACAACAGAGAAGCUAAGUCUUCUCUCAACGUCGCCCGCAAUAUGUACAAGCGCACAGCAAUGACGUUACUUCCGGUCACGCGGAUCCUCCGCAAACGUAGCGCCUGUGGGCUCAGAAAGGGCUGAGGGUGUCUGAAUAUGGUGGAGACGUGUUGGUGUGAACAAGAAAGGAAAGCGACCAAUUCUCUCCUCACCCCAAUCUCUGGGAUAAAGCAGCAGCAACAUAUAUCCCAGUGCAGGAGAUCAAAGAGAAAGUCGGGACAUUUCAGUAACAAACCCAGGACUGCGGCCUGAGCUGUCAAAAUCGGGACUGUCCUGCGAAAAUUGCAAUGCCAUGUCAUUGGCCAAAUUGGUUAAUCGCCUAGACCCUGUCAGUGUACCCAUGGACCAAUUGUACAAUUGAACAGAGCUGAUGGUUAUUGGUUAUUUGGGAUUCCUGGACUUCAGAAAUGAGUGGCUCUAAGCCUGACAUCCUCUGGGCACCUCACCAUGUGGACAGAUUUGUAGUAUGUGAUUCUGAGCUCAGCCUUUACCACAUAGAAUCUGCAGCAAGCCCCAGCUCAGAAUUAAAAGCAGGAUCCUUGCGGCUGUCUGAAGAGACCACUGCUACUUUACUGGCUAUAAACUCUGAUACUCCUUACAUGAAAUGCGUAGCUUGGUAUCCCAAGUAUGAUCCAGAAUGUCUUUUGGCUGUUGGUCAGGCCAAUGGAAGAGUUGUGCUAACAAGUCUGGGCCAGGACCACAACUCUAAAUGUAAAGACUUGAUAGGAAAGGAGUUUGUCCCCAAGCAUGCACGUCAGUGUAACACGCUGGCAUGGAACCCCCAGGACAGUAAUUGGCUUGCGGCUGGGUUAGAUAAACACCGGGCUGACUUUUCAGUAUUAAUCUGGGACAUCAGCAGCAAGUACACUCCAGAGGUAGCAGUUCCGGCAGAGAAAGUUCGUCUUGCGCCCGGUGAUAGUGAAACGUGUUCAGUGGUUACCAAACCACUUUAUGAACUAGGACAGAACGAUGCUUGCCUCUCUCUUUGCUGGCUUCCCAGAGACCAGAAACUGCUUUUGGCUGGAAUGCAUCGUAACUUGGCAAUAUUUGACUUGAGGAACACAAAUCAGAAAAUGUUUGUAAAUACUAAAGCUGUCCAAGGAGUGACCGUUGACCCACAUUUCCAUGACCGAGUAGCUUCAUUUUUUGAAGGACAAGUUGCCAUUUGGGAUCUUCGAAAAUUUGAAAAACCAGUCUUAACUCUAACAGAGCAACCAAAACCCCUAACUAAAGUAGCCUGGUGCCCAACUAGAACUGGACUUCUGGCUACUCUAACUAGAGACAGUAAUAUAAUCAGACUGUACGACAUGCAGCACACUCCCACACCCAUUGGGGAUGAAACAGAGCCUACUAUCAUUGAAAGGAGUGUCCAGCCUUGUGAUAACUACAUUGCAUCUUUUGCUUGGCACCCUACAAGCCAGAACAGAAUGGUCGUUGUUACUCCUAAUAGGUCAAUGUCAGAUUUUACUGUAUUUGAGAGGAUCUCUUUGGCUUGGAGCCCCACAACUUCACUGAUGUGGGCUUGCAGCAGGCAGUUGUAUGAGUGCACAGAGGAAGGAAAAGGCAGCUCUUCAUUAGAUCGAGAUAUAGCCACUAAAAUGAGACUCCGAGCUUUAUCGCGAUAUGGGCUCGACACGGAGCAGGUUUGGAGAAACCAUCUGUUGGCAGGAAAUGAUGAUCCUCAGUUGAAAUCCUUGUGGUACACUUUACACUUUAUGAAGCAGUAUGCAGAAGAUAUUGACCAAAAAUCUUCAGGCAACAAAGGGUUAUUGGUGUAUGCUGGAAUCAAAGCAAUCACAAAGUCAUCUAUGGGGACAACUGAAAGUUUCAGGCACAGCUGGACCGGCUCUGAUCGACAAGCAGAUAUUGUGCAUUAUUCCAGUGAGGAAAGAUGCCUCGCCUUACAGCUCUGUGGCUGGAGAACAAAGGGUGCUGAUUCUGACAUGGGGCCUUUUCUGAACUCCUUAGAGCAGGAAGGAGAAUGGGAGAGAGCAGCUGCUAUAGCACUGUUCAAUCGAGAUAUUCGCCGUGCCAUACAGAUCCUAAAUAAGGGAGCAUCCACUGGAAAAGGUAAUCUUAACCUAAACGUCGUAGCAAUGGCGCUGUCAGGUUAUACUGAUGAGAAGAAAUCCUUGUGGAGAGAAAUGUGCAGCACUUUAAGGCUACAGCUUAACAACCCAUAUCUUUGUGUUAUGUUUGCUUUUCUAACAAGUGAGCCUGGGGUAUAUGAUGGUGUUCUGUAUGAGAACAGCAUGGCAGUGAGGGAUCGUGUGGCAUUUUCAUGUUUGUUCCUUAAUGAUGCUCAGUUAAGCAGAUACUUUGACAAGCUGACUAACGAAAUGAAGGAAGCUGGAAACCUGGAAGGAAUUUUACUAACGGGACUGACAAAGGAUGGAGUUGACUUAAUAGAAAGUUACGUUGAUCGAACGGGAGAUGUUCAGACAGCAAGCUACUGUAUGUUGCAGGGAUCUCCAUCUGAUGUCCUCAAAGAUGAAAGAGUUCAGUAUUGGAUAGAGAGCUAUAGGAAUCUGCUGGAUGCAUGGAGAUUUUGGCACAAGCGAGCGGAGUUUGAUAUUCAUCGAAGUAAGCUUGACCCAAGCUCCAAGCCAUUAGCCCAGGUGUUUGUGAGCUGCAAUUUCUGUGGUAAGUCCAUCUCCUACAGUUGUUCGUCUGUACCUCACCAAGGCCGUGGAUUCAGUCAGUAUGGCGUCAGUGGGUCACCAACUAAGUCUAAAUUCACCAGCUGUCCUGGAUGCCGCAAGCCUCUUCCCCGCUGUGCACUUUGUCUCAUAAAUAUGGGGAAUCCUGUCUCCAGUAGCCCAGGAGCAUCAAAGUCUGAUGAGAAGGUGGACCUGAGCAAGGAAAAGAAGGUGGCAAAGUUUAACAACUGGUUUACAUGGUGUCACAACUGCAGACAUGGUGGCCAUGCGGGACAUAUGCUAAGCUGGUUCAAAGAUCACAGCGAGUGCCCGGUCUCUGCGUGUUCAUGUAAGUGUAUGCAGUUGGACACAACUGGAAAUCUUGUCCCAGCAGAGAAUGUUCAGCCUUAACAUAUGUGAAUAAAGAUGGAGGCUUCUACAGCUGGAUGGGACCAGUCAUCACUGCAAAGCACUUCCUCAUGUGGUAAUGUGGAGAAUUUAUCUGGAUAUACUUUGGGAGAGUCCCCUUGCACUCUUUAUUACUCUGUAAAUAAUGGGUACAGCUAAGCUUGGUUUUAUAAUGAGAGCAUUAAAACAAUCUGUGAUCAUGUAAAGCCGUUACCUUCAUUUCCAGUGUUCACCACUUGAUUCAAUUGAUUAUUUAACUUGUCCAGCACAUUUUCUACUGUCAAUGGGAAUUAUAUUAACUAACCACCCCCAAUUUCCAUUGAACAUAAAGAAAUGGCUGCCCCAGUCAGAACUAUUUACUGCAAAAUAUUGCUUUAUGCCUUUGCAUGAAUAAAUGAUUUAUUCUAUCA